AUGGAAGAACAGAAGGAACAUCAGCUAAAUUACGAGUCAGAAAAAAUGGAAAUCUUGAGGUUGGCCCAAUCAAAGAAGAACAUUAUCAGUUUGAACAUGGACCUUGAAAGGGAUAUGCAGAGAAUAGAUGAAGCCAACCAGGAGCUUCUUCUUAAAAUACAAGAAAAAGAAAAUGAGAUCCAGAGGAUGGAAAAUGAGAUCACCCAGACUGGAGACCCUGCAGAAGAUGAGGAAUGGGAAAAGGAAAACUACACUGUUCUAGAAAGAGAGAGAGCUCUGCAGGAGCUGGAGGAAGAAACAGCCAGACUUGAGAGAAAAAAUGAGACUCUGGUCCACAGUAUCUCAGAACUUCAGAGGAAGCUUACAAAGAAAUCACAAAAGAUAGUCAAGUGUGAACAAGGUGAUCUGGAAAUAACCCCUGAAGAGUCCAAGGUUAAGUUACAGCAGUUGGAAUCUUCCUGUGCAGAGCAAGAAAAGGAGCUUGGCAAGAUCAUGGAAGACUAUAUGUUUGUGUCUCAGCUCUGCGAAGAUCAAGCGCUCUGCAUAAAGAAGUACCAGGAAGCCUUGAAGAGAAUAGAAGAAGAACUAGAGACUGGAUUCCUUGAAAGAGAAAUAUCAAAAGUCUUAAGCAUGGAUUCUGAGAGAGGAAAGAGUAACAGCCUAACUAUUAAGGGUGCUCCUGCCACCAAAAAAGCAUCGAUGUUCUGUAAAAGGAUUUUGCGCUCUCUCUUGUUCACCAUGCUGUUUUUCAUCAGAUUGCUGGGGUACCUGAUCUUCCAUCUAAGCUUUAUAAAUCCUGACCUCCUCGUCAACGCCCUGCCCAAGAUCCUCAGCAGGGACGUAUUGUGGAAGCUGCAAUGUCUCCUCUUUCCUUCUCUCACACUUGAGACAGAAGACAUAUUACCCCACUGA